GCAGGCCUUUAUGAUCUAGGUGUAAACAGAGCAUUUUGCAUCCCUUCACCUUCAGGGCUUCUCCGUGUGGAGCUCCACUGGUCGACGCAGAUAGAGGCUCCGCUCAUUCAGGCUCUGCCCAUGGGAUUCACUGUGCAUGUGUGACAAAGUUGCCGACUGUGCGCUGCGACGGGAGCACGAUGAGCGGGUCUGCACAGCUCUGUUUGCUGGCACACUUCAUUCUGACUGCGGACCUGGCUUCGGGUCUAGGGCCAAGGCCAGGCGCGGAAUUCACGUUUCUCUUAGCUGCCGGCCGCACCGAGUGUUUUUACCAAACCACCGCGGGGAACGACAGCAUGGAAGUUGAGUACCAGGUGAUAGCCGGGUCAGGCCUGGACGUUGGCUUUGCCCUCAUCUCGCCCACUGGACACCGGCUGGUCUCUGACUUCAGGAGAUCUGACGGCAACCACAUGGUGGAUCCCACAGAGGAUGGAGACUACCGGCUGUGUUUCGACAACAGCUUCAGUAAACUGUCAGAGAAGAUGGUGUUCUUUGAGGUGAUCGUUAGUAGUCAGAGAAGCGCAGGUAUAGGCCCAGAUGAGUGGGCGGACGUGGCCACGACAGAGAUCAUGGUGGAGUACAAACUGGAGGACAUCAGGGCGAGGAUGGACUCUGUGCACCAGCACCUGGAAAGGAGCCGCCAGGUCCAGACCGUGCUGCGGGCCUUUGAGGCAAGGGACCGCAACCUUCUGGAGGACAACCUGUGGCGGGUGUCCUUCUGGUCCUGCCUGAACCUGCUUGUCAUGCUCACCGUCGCCACCACACAAAUCUACACCCUGCGACGCCUCUUUGACGACACCAAGCGCAUCUGCACGUAGUCGCAGCAGAACCGUUCGAUUAACCUCCAGCCGACAGAGUGCAGCACCUGAAAGCUCCCACAUCUGAAGGUCUGACAGUAAACCUUCCACUGACAUGUUCUUUGUGAGCUGAAUUCAAAGGGAUAGCUCACACGUUGGGAAAACUGAUUCAUCAUGCACUGGGAACUUUUUAAUUGCAGCCAAAAACAGCUUGCUAUAAUGUUUUGUGAAUUCCAGUUACAUCCGCACCUGAAAAAUCAGAUUUUAAGUCUUAUAAUAUGCACAGACACACACACACACACAGACACACACACACACACACACACACACACACACACACACACACACACACACUCUAUUUGCAGCACUGAUGUUUGUUAAUAUCAUCAGGGAAGCUAGAAAACCAAAGCUGUUCUCACUGGAAUGUUGUUUUAUUGAAUUUCAGAUAUUACAUUGUACAUUAACAUUUAUUACUCUAGGCUAUGCUUUAUCAAACCAUAAGCUAUAACAAAACAAUGUCAAAAACCUCACCUCCUGACAGUGUAAUGUUAAAAAAAAACAAAAACUGAAAACUAAACCUCAAACUGUUUUAAAAAAA